UCGCAGUCGUAGCCGGAUACGGUGAUGUCGGUAAAGGUUGUUCAACUGCCCUUCGUGGAAUGGGUGCCCGCGUGAUUAUCACCGAAAUUGAUCCCAUCAACGCCCUUCAAGCCGCAAUGGAAGGUUAUGAGAUUACUACCAUGGAAGAAGCAUGUUCAAGAGGAAAUAUUUUCGUUACCUGCACGGGAAAUCGAGAUAUCAUCAUAGGCGAACAUUUUGCACAGAUGAAAGACGAUUCUAUCGUGUGCAAUAUUGGGCACUUUGAUAUUGAAAUUGACGUUGCCUGGCUCAAGAAGAACGCAGUAUCUCAUGUCAAUAUUAAGCCUCAGGUCGAUCGUUAUACCCUGAGUAAUGGAAGAAGCAUAAUUCUUCUUGCUGAUGGAAGAUUAGUCAACCUUGGAUGUGCUACGGGACACCCAAGUUUUGUGAUGAGCAAUUCUUUCACAAACCAAGUAUUAGCUCAAAUAGCACUUUGGACUGAUACGACCAAUAGGUAUCCAUUAGGUGUUCAUGUGUUACCAAAGAAACUUGACGAAGAAGUUGCCGCAGCUCAUCUUGAGAAAUUGGGUGUUAAGCUCACAAAGCUUACUCCUGUUCAAGCUGAAUACCUCGGAAUAAGUUCUGAUGGUCCUUUCAAACCAGAACAUUAUCG